AUGGCGCCCCAAAAAAUCGCCAGUAUGCGCUUGAAGUCCCGGCCCACGCUCGUGCCCUUCAAGGACGAUACUAGCUUCAUCGCCCUUCGCUAUGAAAAGACGGUCCAGGCAGAGCCUCCUAUUCCUAUUCUUACGCGAGCCCCCCCGAAACCCCUUUCCAUCUCAACGGGUCGCACUUCCACUUCUACAUCUUCUUCACUCUCGAUAUCGCCCUACAGUCCUGUUGUUGUGGCUCCUCCUCCCGCCAUCAGUCAACACCCUGCAUUCCGCCUUCGCGUAACUGCUCGCAACACGACGGCCAACGACUGGAAGAGGGAUUCCGGACUUGCACCGACUACGUCGUCCUCGGCCACCAUUGCUGAGGAAGACUGCGGGGAAGAAGCGCGCGUAUACGAUAAGAUCGCCGUCCUGGGCACCAACAUUGUGGCUGCUAAGUCACUGGAAGAGCCUGUGGCACCUUCCGUCUGCGAUAUUGAUUCUGUCCAAUCCACUGCUGAGUUGGCCGUAAGCAAACAACAAUCCGGUAGAUGCACGUCUCCAACCGACAAACAGGCCGCUACCAUGGAUCAAUAUCAUUUCGCGCAGCUCGUACUCACUGAGAGAAAGGCGUCUACAAGCAGCUCAUACUCGGUCGAUUCAUCCGUCGAGUUGUGGAACGAAAGGUUAAUUGGCCUGUCACCCCCACCGCCACCAAUAACCCCCCAGCGACAGGGCUCUCUUACAAGCUCCCAGAGCUCGCCUAAUCUCUCCCCUGUUAAUAUCCCCGACAACCAUGGCCUCCUGAGCAAGGAUGCCUUCGGCUUCUCCCCCAUUUCAAUCCCCAUCCCUACCGACAGCCUCCUCGAUGACGAUUUCCUGACGACCUUGGAUUUCUCUAAUCGAGGCAGUCUCAUGUUUGGUGGUCGCCGCGUGUUCCCCGCACAAACCACCGACGGAACAAUGCAAGACGGUUUGCAAACGGCAAGGGCCCGCACGCCUGCGCUCGCUCCUGCAGCAUUCGCCCCAAUCCUCCACAUUCAAUACGAGGAACCUGAGAGUCCUGUCCCCAGCGCCAUCGAGCCCAGCGCCGACGACAUGAGCGUAUCUGAGACGAUCACGACCGAAGUGAGGACCCCAGAGACGAUUGCGGAGACGACCGCACAGUCGGUGUCCCAAGUCACCAUGACAACCCCUAGCAUUCGCGUCUUGUCUGCGGACGUGGAGAUGGAAUCUCGAAAGGUGAGAUCGCUCUAUGAAUCCGGCGAAGGCCUCAAAUGGGAAGACGGAGGCAGGCCGUCGGAUGUUGGUGAGCAUCUCGAUGCAACCGCUGUACGUCUGACGGGGGAGUCUGAGAACGAUCCCGUCGCCGAGCUCCAACAUCAUGCAUGGGAUACUCCAAGAUCUGGAAGUUCCUAUUUCCAAAGGCCCGAAAGUCGCAGCGUGCACGAGGUGGCGGGCGGUCUUGAAGAUUGGGAGGAUCUCGAAGGACAGGAGGUCGAUCGGUACGGCUUCAUUAGCCCACGCAAGGCCGAAUCAAGAGGCGACACUCUUGCGGGGUCCAGAUCGUCACAGCAUGUUGCCAGGAAAAGGAAUGGCCAUUCAAAACGAGACAUGUUCGGGCUGGGGCUACCCUCGAGGGGACCGAGUAAGAAAAUGUCCUCCCGAUCCCUCUACACGCAGAACUCCAACGCAUCCGUCACAUCCCGUCGAUCAGCCCGAUCAGCGGUCAGGCAUGCGGGAAACAUGCUUCCUCACAACCAGGAUCGACGCUGGCGGAACGUCGCUGGAGGCAUGCUUGCAUUGUCGUUGGAAGACGAAGAGAUGGUUGAAAAGAUAUCCGAAGCCAUCAAGAAGAAGGAAUGGGAGAGGACCGAGAAGUGGCGGAAGAUGGCCAAGGUUGUCAAAGAGGGAACCGAUGGCGAAGGCAUGGAGUUUGAGUUUGACGUCAAGAAUCAGAAGCUCAUUGAGAGGACGUGGAAGGGCAUUCCCGACCGGUGGCGAGCUUCCGCUUGGUACUCAUUCAUGGUAACCCACGCCAGGACCCAAAAGAACUCACCAUCCGAAGACUCCAUCAUUACCGACUUCCAUCGCCUCCAGGGCAGGGGAUCGCCAGACGAUGUGCAGAUUGACCUCGAUGUUCCUCGCACCAUCAGCAGACACGUCAUGUUCCGCAAGCGCUACAAGGGCGGCCAGCGUUUGCUGUUUCGGGUUUUACAUGCGCUGUCGCUCUACUUUCCGACCACCGGCUACGUUCAGGGCAUGGCUUCUUUGGCCGCGACGCUCCUCUGCUACUUUGACGAGGAGAAAUGUUUUGUAAUGCUCGUCCGCAUGUGGCAGUUGCGAGGGCUUGAGAAGCUUUACAGCCCCGGCUUUGAUGGACUGAUGACGGCUUUGAACGACCUGCAGACUAAGUGGCUGGACGGCAAGGACGUUGCGAAGAAGUUGAACGAGCUUUGUAUCGACCCCACGGCCUAUGGCACGCGGUGGUACCUGACGCUUUUCAACCUAUCCAUUCCCUUCGCCGCCCAGCUCCGCGUCUGGGACGUCUUUCUACUGCUUGGGGAGAACCCCUCGGACUCUCCCAAGGUGCCCGAUUCUCUGACCUCCAUGAGCGGCAUCGACAUCUUGCAUGCCACCAGUGCAGCUCUAAUACACGCGCUGCGCGAAGUCCUUCUCGACUCGGACUUUGAGAAUGCCAUGAAGGCGUUGACAUCCUGGAUCCCGGUUAAAGAUGAGAACAUAUUGAUGAAGGUGGCGCGGGCAGAGUGGAAGUCCCGACAGAAGAAGAGGUUUUAG